AACAGGGAAAUGGAUAAGACAGAAGUUUUCAGCAAAAGCCGUAAUACCAUAAGGACAGAUCUCAGUUUGCUGCUUGAGUGUCUGAAGUUUCAGAUGAAAUGUCCCGAUUUGCAAAAACAAGCUCUUCUCACCAUUCACUCAAUCUGUGAAAGGAGAGAGGAUAAUGUGGACCUGCUGAGGGAAAUGGGAGGUGUGUCAUUUGUGUAUAACCUCUCCAAAUCCAGUGUUGUUCGCUCGGAUGUUAAGGAGACUGCACUCUUUACGCUUGGCACGUUAGCAGAGGCCAAUGUGUAUUGCAAGAAUUAUCUCUGCAGAAAGGAGACAUUUGCAGACCUUGCUGGUUUGUUGCUGAAAGAAGACGUCCCGCUCACACAGAAGAGAGUGUCUGUGUAUUUGCUGUCUGUGUUGGUAGCCAACAAUAAAUCAGGACAGACUUUAAGCCAAACAACUGGCUGCCUGGAUAUUCUAUUGGACCUCUUCAGGACCACAUCCCCUCUCUCUACAGAGUCUACUUUGAGAGCAGCUAAUGCUACUCAAACCUUCCAGCUUUGGGCAUCUGUGUCGAGUGCUCUCUGUGGAUGUGUCAACAACCCUCAAAAUGAGGAGGGUCAGCGUAUUUGUGUGGCAGCCUUUGUCAUAAUAAAAGUCUGGCUUCAGCAAAUUGUUUUGCUACGUCCUGAGAUUUUUCAACCCAUAUGUUCCUUCAUAGCAAUGACGGUUGCCAACAACUCCAGUGUACAGGAGAGUUUUUCAGCCUCAGGGUGUCUGGAUACUCUCGCUCUUGUACUAGUUCGUCUAGCUUCUGUGGCAGAUACAAGCUUGAUGUCUUGCCAGCUUUCUGUCACUAUAUCUAAGACACUGUCAGCUUGCAUGACAGAAAACUCUUCUCUGGCUUCGGGUCUUUCUCAGUAUGGUGUGGUUUCCCACCUCUUCACCCUGCUGGUGAGCCCACACUUGGACCCUGAGGACAGGCUCUCUGUUUUACUCACUCUGGGCCACUGCACUGAGGCCUCUGAGGAGCACCAGUCCCAUUUGGUGCAGUGUGGAGGCCUCCCCCUUAUCAUAACCCUACUCACAGAAGAUACAAGUGAGGAGGUCCGGAAGGCUGCUACCUUCAUAUUGCAGACCUGCAAACAGGCCACCAUGUCCCUGGGAGAGCCUUGUGUGAUCGUGAGACAGGGAGAGGAUGAAAAUGUGGACCCCAUUACAAACAUGGAAGGCUUCAGGGGCUCGGCCAGAGAGUUGCUGCGCAGGAUUGACCUGCUGGAGAAGAGACAGGCAAAGGAGGACGAAGAUGAGCAGGGAGUCACAGAGCCAUUCCCUUCAAGUGAAGAUCUAGGCCAACCAUCUCUGCCUCCAGCCUACACUCUGCCUCUGCAGCAGAAGGAGAGCAUUAAAACCAUUCACACAGCACAUCGACAGAACAGCACUCCUAAGCAUGGAGAAGCAGGGGCUGGCAACAACAUUAAACUUCACACUGUAAGAAAUGUGAUCAAGAUUAAGAAUGACAGUGAACUGAAGCAAAUGAGCUCCAAUUUAAGAAUGCAGAAAGAGAAGACUAAAACCACUGGAGGGGCUGUGUGCUGUUCAGUGUGCAAUGGGACUGGAGCCCUAACGUCUUCCCAUCUGCAGUCACUAGAGGGAGGCAGAGAGCCUCGUACAGCAGACAAUCAGUUGUUUAAACCCCCAGCAUCAGUGAGGCACAGCGUACCAAAAGAAAUAAAAUGCUCUGAUGAAGAAGAGUUGCAGGACUGUGAGAUGAGUACGGUGGGGACAAUCCGAGUGGAGGAACACUCACUAUCUCGUAUCCGGUGUGCAGGUUGUGUGUUGCCUUUUGAGGAGGUGACCAGUCGCACUUUUGCGUCUCUGCAAAGCUCCUGCCGCCACAGCUGUGACAUGCACAAGGUACUCCAGGAAGCCACGGAGCGGUUUAGGACUCGUCACUGCAACCUUCUGUCCAGGACAGAGUACCAAGAUGACACUGAGCAGGCAGACCGAGACCCAGACCGAGUUUCAGAGCCACAGAGAAGCAGGGAAAACUGGAUCGAGGUCUGCCUGACUCCCAUACGUAAAGGAGCAGGGAAAGGCAAGAGCUGCCUGCCAGAACAUCACUGGAAGAAGCACAAUGGCUUCGCUUUGACUCCACUGCAUAGAGGAGCUAAAAAGGAGACAUUGACUUCUCAUAACAAGACUGGUUCAAGCUUGAUUCCCCUGAAAAGGUCUCAUCUUCCUGGAGAGAGAAGAGGAGGGAUUAAAAGUGGACAUCACAGCAUUGAUGAUGAGCCGAGGACAAGCACAGAUCACUGUUCCAUUAAAAGGAAGAGGAAAGACUUCAGCAGUGAGGAGGUGUGUUUCCUACUGUGCGGUGUGAAGACUUUCGGCUUCUCCUGGAACUCCAUUUUGUGGUCAUACCCCUUCCAACCUGGACGCACCAAUGUUGACCUGGCCAAGAAGUAUAGGCGGCUAAUGAAAGGUAAAGUCUAGGAGUCUGGCUAUAAUCCUGCUUCUGGCAUCCUGGGCCAGCCAAUUAAUAAAUUCCCCAUGUUAAUAAUAGCUUUGACUCUCUUCACACUGUAUUUAUUGGAAAUAAUCCAAAUAAGCAUUGACCUAAUUAUUUAUUAUUCAGUAUUUAAAAAAGAUUUAAAGUAAUUUGUAUAAGGUGCCAUUGUACUUUUGCCAUUGUGUUUACAAAAAAAGUUUGUUUAGCCUUUUCAGUGCUUUUACACAUUGUUAAUUGUUUCUUUUUGUUAUAUGUUAAAACAUUAAAACACGUGUUGGAGAUUCUUACA